AUGUCUGGUAUCGCUUUGAGCAGACUGUCCCAGGAGCGUAAAGCUUGGAGGAAAGACCACCCAUUUGGUUUUGUUGCUGUACCGACCAAGAAUCCAGAUGGGACAAUGAAUCUGAUGAAUUGGGAAUGUGCCAUCCCUGGAAAGAAAGGAACAUUGUGGGAAGGUGGCCUGUACAAACUUCGAAUGCUGUUCAAAGAUGACUACCCGUCUUCUCCACCUAAAUGCAAGUUUGAGCCCCCAAUCUUCCAUCCAAAUGUGUAUCCAUCAGGCACAGUGUGUCUCUCUAUCCUGGAGGAGGACAAGGACUGGAGGCCCGCCAUCACCAUCAAACAGAUUUUAUUGGGAAUCCAAGAACUGCUGAAUGAGCCCAAUAUUCAAGACCCGGCCCAGGCAGAGGCAUACACGAUUUACUGUCAGAACAGGAUGGACUAUGAGAAGCGCGUCCGGGCACAGGCCAAGAAGUUUGCCCCCACAUAA